AUGGAUAUUUUAAAUAGAAAAAAAGGUUGUUUAGUACUUGAGGAUGGUACUAAAUUAAGUGGUUACUCAUUUGGAAGUGAAAGAUCUGUUGCAGGUGAAUGUGUUUUUUCAACUGGUAUGGUUGGUUAUAAUGAAUCAAUUUCAGAUCCAUCAUAUACUGGACAAAUUUUAGUAUUCUCAUUUCCAUUGAUUGGUAAUUAUGGUGUACCAUCAUUUAGAGAAAGAGAUCCAGAAUCAGGAUUAGCAGUAAACUUUGAAUCAGAUAAAGCACAUGUUCAAGCAAUUAUUUGUUCAGAGUAUUGUGAUGAAUAUUCACAUUGGGCAGCAGAGAAAUCACUUUCAGAGUGGUUAAAAGAAUCAAACAUUCCAGGUUUGUACGGAAUCGAUACACGUGCUUUGAUCACCAAAAUUCGUGAGAAGGGCUCUCUAAAAGGAAAGGUAAUCAUUGGUGACUUUGAUGAAAGUAAAUUGGAGUUUGAAGAUAUUAAUUUACGUAAUUUGGUUGCAGAAGUUUCAACCAAAGAGAUUAAAGAAUACAAAGCUGCAGAGAACAAUAAGAAAACUGGCGAAAAAAGAAAGAAUAAAAAAGUGAUCGUACUUGAUUGUGGUAUUAAAAAUAAUCAAAUCCGUUGUUUAUUAAAUCGUGGUGUAGAUCUUAAAGUUGUACCAUGGGACUACGAUGUGGUUGCAAACGAAUCAAUCAAUGAUUACGAUGGUGUUUUCAUUAGUAAUGGUCCAGGUGAUCCAAGUCUUUGUGGAAAAGCAAUUGAAAACAUUAGAAAAGUAUUGGCAUUGCCAGUUGCCAAAGCAGUAUUUGGUGUUUGUAUGGGUAAUCAAUUGUUAGGUUUAGCCGCUGGUGCACAAACUCAUAAAAUGGCCUUUGGUAAUCGUGGUCUCAAUCAACCAUGUGUCGAUCAAAUUAGUGGCCGUUGUCAUAUCACCUCACAAAAUCAUGGCUUUGUUAUCGAUUCAAAUUCUUUACCAGCUGGUAGUGGUUGGAAAACUUACUUUAUAAAUGCAAAUGAUGCCUCCAACGAAGGUAUCUAUCAUGAGAGUAAACCAUGGUUCUCUGUUCAAUUCCAUCCAGAAGCUAUGGCAGGUCCAACCGAUACUGAAUAUCUUUUCGAUAAUUUCGUUGAUAACGUUUGUGGUGAACAACAACAUAAAUCACCAAUGAAUAAAUCUAAAAUCAUCGAUUGUCCAAAAGGUAUCAAUAAAGUUUUAAUUUUAGGUUCAGGUGGUCUUUCAAUUGGUCAAGCUGGUGAAUUUGAUUAUUCUGGUUCUCAAGCUAUCAAAGCACUCAAAGAAGAAGGUAUUAAAACCAUUUUAAUUAAUCCAAAUAUCGCAACAGUUCAAACUUCACCAGGUCUUGCCGAUAAAGUUUAUUUCCUUCCAGUUAAUGCUUCCUCUGUUCAAAAAGUAAUUGAAAAUGAAAAUCCAGAUGGUAUUUUAGUAACUUUUGGUGGUCAAACAGCUUUGAAUUGUGGUAUUGAACUCUAUAAAUCUGGUAUACUCGAGAAAUAUAAUUGUAAAGUAUUGGGUACUCCAAUUGAAACUAUCAUUGCCACUGAAGAUAGAGGUAUCUUUGCAGAGAAAUUAUCAGAAAUCAAUGAACGUAUCGCACCAUCAAUGGCUUGUAAUAGUUUAGAGGAAUCUUUGAUUGAAGCAGAGAAAAUUGGUUAUCCAGUCAUUGUUAGAGCUGCCUAUUGUUUGGGUGGUUUAGGUUCUGGUUUCGCCGAUAAUAAAGAACAACUCACAGCAUUGGUCACUGAAGCAAUGGCAACCUCUUCACAAGUUUUGGUUGAAAAAUCACUCAAAGGUUGGAAAGAAAUUGAAUAUGAAGUUUUAAGAGAUAGUAAAGACAAUUGUAUCACCGUUUGUAAUAUGGAAAAUUUCGAUCCACUCGGUAUUCAUACUGGUGAAUCAAUCGUCGUUGCACCAUCACAAACACUUUCAGAUAGAGAAUAUCAAAUGUUAAGAGAAACUGCAAUUAAAACCGUUCGUCAUCUUGGUGUAAUUGGUGAAUGUAAUAUUCAAUAUUCCCUCAAUCCAUAUAGCGAAGAAUAUUGUAUCAUUGAAGUUAAUGCACGUCUUUCACGUAGUUCAGCAUUGGCAAGUAAAGCAACCGGUUAUCCACUUGCUUUCAUCUCUGCCAAAGUUGCUUUGGGUUAUGAUUUAGCAGCAUUAAGAAAUACAAUCACAAAGAAAACUACAGCAUGUUUCGAACCUUCAUUGGAUUAUUUAGUUGUUAAAAUGCCACGUUGGGAUUUAAAGAAAUUCACUCGUGUUUCCAAUAAAAUUUCAUCAUCAAUGAAAUCAGUUGGUGAAGUUAUGUCAAUUGGUAGAAAAUUUGAAGAAGCAAUUCAAAAAGCAAUUAGAAUGGUUAUGGAUGGUGCAGUUGAAGGUUUCCAAGCUGGUGUUUUCCCAACCUCUGAUGAAGAACUUGAACAUCCAACUAAUAAUCGUAUUUUAGUAUUGGCAAGUGCUUUCAAAGAUGGUUAUUCCAUUGAUAGAGUACAUCAAUUAACAAAGAUUGAUAAAUGGUUCUUAACAAAACUUAAAGCAAUCAUCGAUUUAGAGAAUCAUUUAUCAACCUAUAAAGAACCAUCACAAAUUCCAUCAGAGAUUUUGAAAUUCUCAAAACAACAAGGUUUCUCUGAUAAACAAAUCGCCAGAGCAGUUGGUACCACAGAAUUGAAUGUUAGAGAUUAUAGAAAGAAAAUGGGUAUCAUUCCAUGUACAAAACAUAUCGAUACAGUUGCUGCAGAAUUCCCAGCUCAAAACAAUUAUCUUUACAUGACUUACAAUGGUGAAACCAAUGAUGUAAAUAUCAAUGAAAAAUCUUAUAUCACAUUAGGUUCAGGUUCAUAUCGUAUUGGUAGUAGUGUUGAGUUUGAUUGGUGCGCAGUUAGUUGUAUUCGUACAUUACGUAGUUUAGGUUUGAAAUCAAUUAUGAUCAAUUUCAAUCCAGAGACUGUUAGUACUGAUUAUGAUGAAUGCGAUUAUCUCUACUUUGAAGAACUCUCAUUGGAAAGAGUAUUGGAUAUCUAUGAACGUGGUGGUCCAAAUUCAAAUCAUGGUGUAAUAUUAUCAGUUGGUGGUCAAAUUCCAAACAAUUUAGCCAUUCCAUUAUCACGUUGUAAUGUUAAAGUUUUAGGUACUCAUCCAGAUAUGAUUGAUUCAGCUGAAAAUCGUUAUAAGUUCUCACGUCUUUUAGAUACCAUUGGAAUUGAUCAACCACUUUGGAAAGAAUUAACAAGUGUUUCCGAUACAAAAGAUUUCUGUGAAUCUGUUGGUUUCCCAUGUUUAGUUCGUCCAUCUUAUGUACUCUCUGGUGCUGCUAUGAAUGUAGUUCACUCUUCACAAGAUCUCGAAACAUUCCUUACUGAAGCUGCUGCAGUUUCACGUGAUCAUCCAGUUGUCAUUUCAAAAUUCAUUCAAGAAGCUAAAGAGAUUGAAAUUGAUGCUGUCGCCGAUAAUGGUCGUAUUGUUUUAUUCGCAAUUAGUGAACAUGUUGAAAAUGCCGGUGUACACAGUGGUGAUGCUACCAUUGUUUGUCCAGCUCAAGAUCUUGAUGAUGCCACCAUCCUCAAGGUUGAAGAAACCGCUAGAAAGAUCGCUGAAGCACUCAAUGUCAGUGGUCCAUUCAAUAUUCAAUUCAUUGCUAAAAACAAUGAAAUCAAAGUUAUCGAAUGUAAUUUACGUUGUUCACGUUCUUUCCCAUUCGUUAGUAAAACAUUAAAUAUCAAUUUUAUCGAAUUAGCAACUAAAAUCAUCAUUAAACAUCAAUAUGAUCUUCCAGUUGUAAAUCCAAUCAAUUAUGUUGGUGUCAAAGUACCACAAUUCUCAUUCAUUCGUCUUAAAGGUGCAGAUCCAGUUUUAGGUGUAGAAAUGGCAUCCACUGGUGAGGUAGCAUGUUUUGGUAAUACUCGUGAAGAAGCUUACGUCAAGGGUUUAAUUUCUACUGGUUUCAAAGCACCAGAAAAAAAUGUACUCCUUUCAAUUGGUUCAUUCAAAGAGAAACAUGAAUUCCUUCCAUCAGCUCAUAAAUUAAUUAAAUUAGGUUAUACCUUAUUUGGUACUCAAGGCACUGCCGAUUUCUACAGUGAAAAUGGUGUUCCAGUAACUCAACUCAAUUGGGAUGAAGAGGAUUUAGGUGAAAAUGUAAUUCAAAAGAAAAUGACUGAAAAUACAAUUCAUCUCUUCAUUAAUUUACCAUCAAAGAAUAAAUAUCGUCGUCCAUCUUCAUUCAUGUCAAGAGGUUAUUCAUUACGUCGUGUUGCUAUCGAUUUCCAAGUACCACUCAUUACCAACAUCAAAUGUGCUAAAUUAUUCGUCGAUUCUUUAUCCUACAUGAAAGGUCCAAUGCCAAUUGAAAAUGUUGAUUGGAGAACAAGUAAUAAGAUCAUUCGUUUACCAGGUUUAGUUGAUGUUCAUGUUCAUCUUAGAGAACCAGGUGCCACUCAUAAAGAAGAUUGGGACAGUGGUACAGCAACUGCAUUAGCUGGUGGUUUCACCAUGGUUGGUGCUAUGCCAAACACUAAUCCAGCCAUUAUGGAUGAUGCAUCAUUUGAACUUUGUAAAUCAUUGGCAGCCUCAAAAGCACGUUGUGAUUAUGGUAUUUUCAUUGGUGCCACUUUUACCAAUACAACAACCGCUGGUAAAUUCGCAUCCGAUGCCAUGGGUAUGAAAAUGUAUCUCGAAGAAACCUUUGCUCCACUUCCAUUAAAAGAUGAUAUCAACGUUUGGAGAGAUCAUAUUAUGAAUUGGCCAGGUACAACACCAAUUUGUGUUCAUGCUGAUGGUAGAAAUCUUGCAGCAAUUCUCUUAUUAGGUUGGAUGUAUGAUAAACAUAUGCAUGUUUGCCACGUUUCACAUAAAGAAGAGAUUGAUAUUAUUCGUGAUGCAAAGAAACGUGGUAUGAAAUUAUCAUGUGAAGUUUCACCACAUCAUUUAACCCUUUGUGAUAAAGAUAUUCCACGUAUUGGUGCUGGUCAAUCUGAAGUUCGUCCAAAACUUGGAACUGAAGAAGAUUUGAAUGCACUCUGGGACAAUAUCGAUUACAUUGAUAUGAUUGCAACCGAUCAUGCUCCACACACUUGGGAAGAGAAAUGUAGCGCCAAACCACCACCAGGUUUCCCAGGUCUUGAAACUUCAUUACCAUUGAUGUUAACUGCCGUCCAUAAUGGUAGAAUCACCAUUGAAGAUUUGGUAAUGAAAAUGCACACAAAUCCAAUUCGUAUUUUCAAUCUUCCAGAACAACCAGAUACUUACAUUGAAGUUGAUAUGGAACAAGAAUGGACCAUUCCAAAGAAACCACUCUAUUCAAGAUGUGGUUGGACUCCAUUCGAAGGUCUUCAAGUACGUGGUAAAGUUGUUAAAGUCGUACUUCGUGGUCAAAUCGCUUUCAUUGAUGGUAAAAUCAUUGCACAAAAAGGUUUUGGUUUAAAUUUACGUUCAAAAGAAUAUCAAGUUGAAAAAGAAAGAUUACUCAAUACUACCAAACCAAUUUAUGAUAAAAUCCCAACUGUUCAAUCAACAAAGAAUCAAACUACAAAUAUUACUUCACCAUCAUUAAUUAGUGAUUCACCAAAUAAAGCCAUCAAUAAGAUUAAAUCUACUUCCACUUCUACAACUCCAAAUACUCAAGAACAAUCAACACAACAUUUACCAUUAGUUGGAUCAAAUCUUGCAUCAGCUGUAUUAAAUAAAAAAGAAGAUACACUCCAAACUGCUUUCAAUAUCUCAGAUAAUUCAUUGGCAGGUAAACAUAUUUUCUCAGUUAAACAAUUCAAUAGAAAACAAUUACAUGCCUUAUUUGGUAUUGCUCAUGAAAUGAGAAUUUUAGUUAAGAGAUCAGGUGGUUCAGAUUUAUUGAAGGGUAAAGUUUUAGCUACUCUCUUCUAUGAACCAAGUACUCGUACUCAAUGUUCAUUCACUGCUGCCAUGCAAAGAUUAGGUGGUUCAGUUGUCACUGUUGAUAAUGUAUCAUCAUCAGUUGCCAAAGGUGAAUCAAUCGCUGAUACCAUUCAAACUUUAGAAUCCUAUUGUGAUGCAGUUUGUAUGAGACAUCCAGCUGUUGGUUCAGUUGAAAGUGCAAUUCAAGUCGCCAAAAAACCAAUCAUUAACGCAGGUGAUGGUGUUGGUGAACAUCCAACUCAAGCUUUAUUGGAUGUUUUCACAAUUCGUGAAGAAUUAGGUACCGUCAAUGGUUUAACUAUCACCGUUGUUGGUGAUCUUAAACAUGGCCGUACCGUUCAUUCUUUGGUUCGUCUCUUAGCAAACUAUCAAGUUAAAAUCAAUUAUGUCUCACCAUCUUCACUCUCAAUGCCAACUGAAAUCAUCAAAGAACUCAAUGAAAAAGGUAUUGAACAAAAAGAAUAUACAAAUAUCGAAUCUAUCCUUCCAACUACCAAUGUACUAUAUGUAACUAGAGUUCAAAAAGAACGUUUCCAAAGUAUUGAAGAAUAUGAAAAAGUUAAAGAUUCUUUCAUUAUCACUCCACAUACUCUCACUAAAGCUUCUGAUAAUAUGAUCGUUAUGCAUCCACUUCCAAGAAUUAAUGAAAUUAGUCCAGAAGUUGAUUCUGAUCCACGUGCUGCUUACUUUAGACAAAUGGAAAAUGGUUUAUAUGUCCGUAUGUCACUUUUAGCUCUUGUAUUUGGUGCUGGUGUUUAA